GUAUACAAAGAUUCGAAAUAAAAAUCAGCGGUGACAGUCGUACAAUAAGUUGGAGGAGACAUUGCAUGCGCGGCAAUAUAUAUAAGCAUAUUCUACCAAAAUUUCUUAGGAAUAUGAUUGAUGGCCUAUAACGGUGGAGCAGAAGUUACUACAGCAAAAGUGCAGAUGGGAGUUAAACUUAAUGUGGAUGGAGAUGGAGAUGGGGUGGCAAAUUUUGAAGAAGCAAUGCUUUUGACGGGAUAUGGUCGGUAUAACAUAGUCUUCCUUUUGGUCUGCGGAUUCGUUGCGAUUGCUGUUGGUUGUCAAUACAGUACAACUGCUUAUGUUCUGCCCUCCGCACAAUGUGAUCUAAGCCUUUCAUCGAGUCAAAUGGGAUACCUGAACUCAGCAUUCUUAAUCGGAGCCAUGCUGAGCGCUAUAUCUUCAGGAGCUAUUGCAGACGCGAUGGGCAGAAGAAGAAUUAUGCUUUGGUCCCUUGUCAUUGAUGGAUUUGUCACUUUGUUAUCCAGCUUAUCUCAAAACUUCAUUACACUGUUCAUCUUUCGUUUUAUUAACGGAAUUGUAAUUGGAGGACCAUCAUCCCUAUUGUUUACAAUGUUCGGAGAGUUUCAUGGCGAAAAAUUCAGAGCCGCUGGUAUUUGUUACCUGGGAUUCUUUUGGUCAGUAUCGUGGAUAGUUUUACCCGCUCUUGCGUGGAUGGUAAUUCCAAUUGAAUUGAAUAUUGUGGUGUAUGGGUUCACAUACAAUUCGUGGCAAUUAUUUAUUUCUAUAAUUGCUGCGCCUCUUUUGAUCAGCGGGUUUCUCCUAUCGUUAUAUCCAGAAACUCCUAAGUUUUUACUUUCUCAAGGAGAACAUGCUAAAGCAUUGGAGAUUAUGAAGCAAAUAUAUGCAGCGAACACAAAUAGGAUUACACAAGAUUUUCCAGUUAAAAGACUCGUUUUCGAUGAUGCUAAAAUCAGUGAGCGAGGUGAUUCACUAUCAGGACCUUUUAAAAAUAUGUGGAAACAACUUUGCUGCAUAUUUUCUUCCCCGUUAUUAAAAUACACGAUUUUGGUAGCAAGCAUGCUAGGCGCAAACAUGUUCGGCUACUACGGAUUAGGCUUGUGGUUUCCAGAAUUGUUCAAUCGAUUCGAAAAUUUUCACGUAUCUCAUCCGAAUGAAUCACUAACUAUAUGCGAAAUGGCGUAUCUGCAAUCAGAUAAUGAUAAAUCGACGAUUCCUGUGCUUGGAAUGACUGAAAAUUCGAUGUGGACGAGAGAGCUUGAGCCUCAAAACAUGUCGACGACUAUCUUACCGUAUAUGCAGGUAUUAACUGAGAGCACCACAGAACUUUGUAAUAUUUCUGUAGAUCAGAAAGUAUUCGUCAACACGAUAAUAAUAGGAUUCAGUUGUCUUAUUGGAAAUCUGGCUAGCGGAUACUUGAUGAAUCGUAUGGAUCGCAGAGUUCUUCCAAUCGCAACGCAGUUGCUCGCCGGGCUAUCCGGAUGCGCGAUCUACUUGCUGAAAACUUCGACGCAAAAUUUAAUUGCUGCCUCCAUGUUCUCCGCAUUCAGUUCCAUGGCAAAUAUGAUAAUUAUCGGUAGAAUUGUCGACCUGUUUCCAACAAAUGUGAGCGCGAUAACUUCAGGAGUAGCAACACUUUCGGGAAGAGCAGGUGCAAUUCUGAGCAACGUGUUGUUUGGAUUGUUGCUCGAUGUUAGUUGCGAAGUUCCAAUUUUUUUCGUCGGGAGUGUCGUAAUAGCUGGAGGAAUUAUUGCGUUCUUUGUGCCGACACAUCCGUUGGCUUUGCCAAAACCGUCGUAGAAACGAAUACGAAGUAAAGUCAACAAUAAAUUGGUGUCACCUCUCUAAAUGUAAAAAAAAGUUCUUCGUGAAGAACGAAUUAUGGUAUUAUCGAAUCAUACUCGCUUUAUUGACUGAAAUAUAAAUGAAUUGUAUCUUGUAAUCCAGUAGAGUUUAGGACCUCUUGUAGAGUUUCUGCGUGUAAUAAACAGCUGUAUAAUACUACA